AUGAUUAAAUUUUGUGUAAAGCUUGGUAAAACGGGCAAAGAGACUGACAAGGACACCUACGGUGAUGCUGUCAGGGAUAGAUUUUGUGUUUUAGAGUGGCACAAGCUGUUCCGAGAAGAUAGAGAAAAAGUGGAAGAUGACGAACGCUCCGGACGCGCUUCGAUCAGCAAGACCAACCAAAAUGUGUCGCGAGUGAAAGGUUCACUGAAUAUUGAUCGUAGGUUUAGUAUCAGAAUGAUUGCUGAUGAAUUGAGCAUUCCUCAAACCCAAGUUUUUGAGAUCGUGACAGAAAGCUCAGUCAUGAGGAAAGUGUGCGCGAAGUUAGUGCCCCGAGUGUUGUCAGAGGAGCAAAAGGCCAACCGGAAAGCGAUCUGUGAAUGA